AUGGAGCUGCGACUGGGCGUGGAGCAUGAGCAUCUUGUAGACGGUCAGGACGAUUUAGAGAACUUGGUGAUAGAUGACGUCCUCAGCUCAGCUUCAUCUGGCUUACAGUCCGCUCGUUCUGAACGUCCAUACUCUUUUAUCAGAAACAAUCCUGGGGACUCUCAGGAAAAGCAUGGUAUAGGUGUCUUCUUAACUUCAAGUGACGAAGUAACCAGAACAAUGGACGAUGUCUUACAAAAGGACAAUCGGCUAUCUGCAUCUAGAUACACCCAAAAGACUCUAGUCUCUCCUGAAUUAGUGACAAUACCUAGCACUUGUGGAGAUGCAUAUCAUCUCUCUGACGACGAGCAGAAGAGUUUCGAUGGCAUUGGGAGUAAGAUUGGGCUGGUUGAAUCAAAGACUAUAGAUUCCCCACCGAUAGAGAACCAGAUGCUAUCGGAGUCUGCAUUGGAUCCCAAACAGCUAGAUUAUUGCCCCGAACAGUCUCGCAAAAAUAUAGCAAAUCUUCAAGAAAGACUGGCAGACUUUAAAGAGAAGCACCCGGAAGCUGCGGAGUUGGCACAGGAGGCUCGGGAUAGCGAGCGUGUCCUUGAGCUUCUGACCAAUGCUACCACUGACGAGCCAUCGUUUCUAGCCGAGCUUUCUGCGCUACAAGAAGUGCAAGAACUGUGGCGCACAACGCGGCCAGAACUAUAUCGGCUCGUUUUGAAGUACGGUGCUGUGCGAGAACAGAUAAGACUCCUUAUGAAGGCCGAUAGAAACAAGGACUACCAGGACACCCUCAUGAGUGAUUUACUUGAUGCUAAGAAGACUCUUGCCGACCUUAAAGCCACGCAUCCCGAUGUUUAUGAAUUAAUUGCUGACACAGCCCUAGUGCAAUCGCAAAUUGCAUCUAUUAGUAGAGCAAUGUCUCAUAAGGGGCACUUGAGCGAUAGACUGACGUGUCUCAGAGCCAGCCUCCAUAAGCUGCAAGCAGAUAAUCAGGAGAUUUUUGCCCAGCAGGCAGAGCUUCGACAAUUAGAGGACGAUAUUAGAGACCUGCAAGAAUUCUCAGACAAUCGUGCUAAGUUCAAUGCUUAUAAAUCUAGCGUUCUGGCUGCAUAUGAAGCUCUUCAGUUGGAGCACCCUGACCUUGUGGCGUCAUUCUUAGACCUAAAGCAACUAAAGCAUGAACUAGAUACUAUUAAGAGAGUCAAAGAUGGCCUUAUUAAUAUUGAGGGUGAGGUCCACGAUGCACGGCAGCAGCUGAAGCAAUUUAGGGAAUCCAAUUUGGAAUUAGUUUCCCUUCUCGAAGAAAAGAAGCGCAUAGAGGAAGACAUAACAGAGAUCCGAAAUGGCAUACAGAAUAUAACGCAGAUUGCAGAUGUGCUGCGCUCUUUGCAGGAUAUCUAUGAGAACAUCAAGGCAGAAAACCCAGAGCUUGUUGAGCUGCUAGACAGACGAAGAGCACUGAAGGAUAAAGUUGUGCAGCUUCGAACCUCUAUCAAGAACCAGAAGUACCUAGAGGACGAGGUCGCUGACAUGCAGCAUCUUUUAGACGAGCUAAGUCGCAAGCAUCCUGAUGUUCUACUAUUACUCGAUAGAAAGAAAGAGCUGCAGGCAGCUUUAGAGUCUUUGAAAUUAUAUGCUACCAACGUCUCUGUUUUGGAGCGAGAUAUUGAGACGAAAACACGCACAUAUGUUGAGUUAUGCAGCAUCUUUCCAGAUAUCAAAGAAAGGAUACUGAAACGCAAGUACAUAGAAGAAGACAUUGCUCUUUUUAAGAGCUUUUCUAAAGACCCUGCACGCCUGGCCAGAGACACCCUCGCCCUCAGUAAUGCAUACGAGCAGUGCAGAGCCAUGUCUCCUGUCAUAACAUCCAUGUUAGACACCCGGACCUCUCUCGUUGACUUGGUAUCUGAAAGCGCUCAAUGCAAUGAAUUGGGGCUGCGCAACUUGCGAGAAGCGCACUCUGAUGAGUUGUACGAUUCUAUCUCAGCACCCCCUCCAGAACCGCUGCCUUCAGAACGGGGUAGGAGGGCGCCGGAGUCCAGACAGCAGCAGCAGCAGCCCAGGCCUCCUGAGUAUGGACAGGAGUUUACAGAAAGCGGCAUAGCGGACCGCAUUUUAAACGUCGAUUUGCCCAACAUGAUGUGUAACUUCUUCGGGAUAUCAACGCCACAAACAAAGAAGGGGCAAAAAUUGAAGACAGUUAGCUCUCCAUUAAGAAGAACUAUUUCUUAG